CUUGCAGCAGAGCGUAGCAAUCUAUUGAAUGACGUAUUGGAAAACCAGACUGUUCUACGUUUAAUUGUUUAAUAAUAUUGCGCACAAACCAGUCUUGCCUAGGGAGAUGUGUUGUCGUCUUGUGUGAAGAUGUCAACGACACUUUUAAGCACGUAUAUACAACAACUUGAGGAACAUGCAAAACCUGGCACAAACGAUGAACGGUACAUGAGCUAUGUCAAGUAUAUCAACGCAUUUCUCAGCUGCUUUGGUAAAGAGAGAGCUUAUUUAGUCGGAAGUACAGGAGAACAGCUUAAGUUGAGAAGGUCACAAAAUGGUGGAGACGCUGAUUUCCUUCUUUGCUCCGGAAGACUUGAAAUUCCAAUUGACAACAUAGAGGAGAGGCCAGACUUGCGCUGUUACGUUAAAAUUCGAGGAGAUAAUCUCAGACCAGACCUAUGCGGGGAUUUAAUUGAUGGGUACCUCUCGGCAGAUAUUUUGAGAGAUGUCCGUCCGGAACUCUUUACCAUCUUAAGAGCAAUAUACACAGAAGUCACCUCAGUUCUUGACACCAUUCCAGGGCGAGAAAGUAGGGUUACAACGAUUGGCGUUCCGAUGAAAGUUGGUCUGGGUAGAACAGAAUUCCGAAACUUGAAAAUUGAAGGCGAUAUUUUACCACCGAAGAGAUCCAUUAAGCGACUUAAACUUGACAGGGAUGCUCAAGCAGUUGCACAUCUGAAGAAACGAUGGCGAAGCGUACAAUUAAAUGUGUCCGAUAUGAAAAUGUUUCAGAGAAUAUUGAAGAUUGUGAGGAUGGCAAAGGUUCCCGGAAGCAAAGGGGAACAUCACGGGCAGAUAAAUAAAUUUGCAGAUUUGUUAGAUUCUGUAAUGCAGAGGAUCCCUCUUGAACAGGAACAGGGUCCUGAUGAUGAUGCGGGGCAUUCUGUUGAUAAGGAAGAUGAAGCAGAUAUGAAAGUAGAACGACCGCCUGUGGACGUAGCAGACAAAAAAGUUAAAGCUACAUUUUCUGAUAUGACAACAAAAGAUUUCGUUCCAGCUUUAAGAGUCGUAGGCGACAGGAAACUGAAAUGUCUUGUGGAGUGGAGGAAAAGAGUCGAAAAAGCAAACUGGCCUCCGAGAAAUAUUGCCGAGGAGAUUUUUAAUAUAGACAUCUUCUUAGUUGCUAGGGAUGCACCAGUUAAUCCGGACCACCAGAAAGAUUUCUGUCUGUCCUUCAAUUUAGCAGAGAUGAAGCUUGGGCAAUGUUUGUCAACAACACAACGUCGAGUGUACUUGAUUUUGAAGUCAUAUCUUAGCGGUAUUCUACAGAGAGUGCACAUGGCAUUAGGCAUGAAAGAAAUGAAAUUUAAAACAUACUAUCUCAAAACCGCAUUCUUUUGGGUGUGUGAACGUGAAGAUGUAACAAUCUGGAGCGACCAAAAUAUCAUUGCAGCAGUCAAAAAGGUGUUGCACUUUCUUCUCCUAUGUCUGCGAGAAAAGAAACUGUCCCAUUAUUUUGUGAGCAGUAACUUGUUUGCUGAACUAGAUGAACUAGACUGUGACAUUCUCCAGAACUGCUUCCAGGAAAUACUUUGCGAACCAAUUGUUAGUAUUAGCGAGUUUAAGUUCAUCAAGAAAGGUGACAAUAGUAGAGGAGAGAUUUGGUUGACUGCAGAUGAGGUGCAAUGCCUUACGGAACUGAGGGAUGAUGGUGGCAGGCUUAAACAUUUAGAUAAACUUGAGGAUGCAAUGAUCGACAUGCAAAGAGGCUUUAAUGGAAGCACAAGAGAUGCUCAUGGAAGGGCUCCGAUAAAAGAAGCAAUACUAAAGGUCUUUGAUAUAUUUCUUGAAGAAGAAAGACAAAAACAGAUAACAAACAGAACAUCAAACAUGUCUCUCGGAGGUGCAGCCGCUACAAAUCUGUCGCAGUCUAUACCAGGUGUGAAUAUGUCACAGGCCUCGGCAAUUACCGGUUUACUGAACAACUUCGUCACAGGAGGAGGAAGUCAGUCAAUGAACAGCCGCGAGGCCAAUGAAAGAAUGGACCUCUUAGUUGGGCUGGGAUCUUUGUUCCGCGGAGGACCGGAAAUCAUAGCUAAUUUAGGUGGACGUGAGGGAGUACAGAAUGUUCUACAACAAACAACAGACCAGAGCGUUGACCAUGUAUUGGAACUGAGGACCGCCCUUGACAAGUAUUUGUCAUGUGGUGAUGAAGAUGAAGAACGUCAAGCACUUGAACUGAAACAGAAAGUUGCUGCUUACUUUAUUGGGAGGCAAGAAUAAUUGCAGUCAACAGUAGUCUAUGACAAUAAAACUGUAAAACGCUUUCUAAGAUAUAUUUGCAGUGUCGUUGUAAAAAUUAAACACGUGUUUUUCACUAAAUGUAACAUUGGUAUGACAUCUAGCCUGUGCAAUGUAAAUAACGCUUUAUGAUAACAGACAUAUACAUUAUUAUGCAGAUAUGAUCAGCCAUUUUACAAUACAAAUUAGUGUCGAAAAAUGUAAUUUACAUGUGAUCAGGAAGGUCUAAUACGUAUCAGUUGUUCCAGAUGUGAUCAUUACCUUUACUAACGCCGCUGGACUGAACAAAAUGCUUCGAUUGAUUUAGAACAUAUCUUUGUUUAUUACCUGUGCAUUGACUAUAAGCAUUGUUUAACAUGAUACAUGUGGAGGAUAUAAUGUUAACAUAUAAGAAAUAAUGGUUAAUAUAUGGAUGAAACAUACUACCAUACAGAUGAUACAUGUUAACAUCUGAAUGAUGAAAUGUUUUAAAAUAUAGAUGAAACAUGUUAAGAUGUAGAAAGUAUUCAUGAAGAUGUAAAGUACAUAGUUAUCAUUUGUAUUUCCUAUUUUACAUAUAAAUAAUAUUUAUUCUAGUUUAAAAUAAAUUAAUCAUUUUGUA